GCUGCGCAGAGCUGGACAUCGCUACAUUGUAUUUCAUCCACCUCACCAGCCCAACAACAACAAAAAGAACGAGGACAGGGUAGUUACGCAUCCCACCAUUUCUCACAGUGACACCAACUUCACCGGCCUGGCGUGCUGAUCUCUCCGGCUGGCCGUGGCUGCGGAAAACCGAGAGAACCGGGAACUUGAGGAACUAAAACCGGGACGUUUCCGGCAGAUUGUCUGUUAGGUGCUGUGUGUGUCUAAUUCUUUUUGCCGGGCAGAAGCGCAAAGGCGUUAUUCUCCACCCCCACCCUUUCGCAGGAAAUCUGCAAGUGUUGGUAACUACCCCGGCGCAGCAUCGAUCGAGGACCUCCCGCCCUCUUUAACUCUGAUCCACAGCGCUGGGAACGAGGGAGCCAGUCCUGCAGCCGCUGCGGUGGAUGGAAGGAGCGACGACGGCGAGGUGGUUCAACUAGAAGCGCUGCUUUGAAACCGUGCUCUGCCCGCCUGCUGUAGUCCCAAAAGAAACGCACUCAUUUAAACUCCCAUCACCUAAACUGCACAUUUGCAGCCGCUUGGAUCUCUUCUUCUUUUUUUUGGGUGGAGGGAACACAGGUUCUACUUCGUGCAAACUACGCCGGCUAAAAGGACUCGCCACAGACUUAAACAUUGAUGCUUUGGCACCGAUCCUCUAGUUGUGCGAAAGUGUCCCACUGUACCGCGAGGGAGGAAGACUAGCUCGGGAUUUCCGAAGAGUUUUUUGCAGAAGUUGCAUGCUCGGUCUUUGUCGUCUCGAGUGAGCCCCCCACCCUUUACCCCCGCAUCCAGUCCCAGGUUAUCAGACGAGAUCCGGAUAGUUUGAGGAGGCGCCAUGGCGAUGCGUGCGGGGAUAUGGAUACUGCUAGUGGCGCUGUACGUCCAAGCUGGCAACGGGCAGAUGGUGCAGAUGGACCCCAGCAAGUCUGGCUUUGUGGGCUCACAAGUUGAGCUGCGCUGCAUCUUCAUCAACAGCAACCCGCCGGUUAAGAUCUCCCAAGUCACCUGGCAGAAACUCCUCAACGGCACCAAGCAGAACGUGGCCAUAGCCAACCCGGCCCUCGGCGUGUCCGUCCUGCCGCCCUUCAAGGAGCGCGUCACCUUCAAGCAGGCGGCGGUCCGCCACCACAUGCCCUUGCUGGAGGACACCACCAUCGUGUUCUCCAGCCUGCAGCUGUCGGACGAAGCUGCCUACAUCUGCGAGUACACCACGUUUCCCGCGGGAAACCGGGAGAACAUGGUCAACCUCACUGUAUUUGUUCGGCCCACGACAAGCAUGACUUUGACGACGCCCACAAUUGUUGCCAAGGCCACGAAACACAAGAUGACCGUCGCAACUUGCGUGUCGGCCAACGGGAAGCCCACUAGCGUGAUCAAAUGGGACACCAAGUUGAAGGGCGAGGCCACUUUCCAGGAGACGCGCAACCCGAACGGGACGGUGACGGUGCGCAGCAGCUACAUGGUUGUGCCGAGCCGCGAGACCCACAAGCAGAAGCUCACGUGCAUCGUGACGUACCGGACUGAACGGAUCACAGACAGCGUGGUGCUCAACGUGCAGUACGAACCGGAGGUGAAGAUCGAGGGCUUUGAUGGAAACUGGUACCUGAACCGUCUGAAUGUUCAGCUGACCUGUAAGGCUGAUGCCAACCCCCCUGUCACCAUCUACCAGUGGAAACUAUUGAACGGCUCCCUGCCCAGCAAUGUAGAGAUCAAGAACAACACCCUGUUCUUCAAGGGGCCGGUGACCUCCGACCUGGCCCGCAUGUACGUCUGCGACGCGACCAACAGCAUCGGGACCCGCCCCGCCGUCGUGGACGUCAACAUCACAGAAUACCCUAACAACUCGCUCCCUGGGGGCAGAGGGAUCCCGCAGGAGCAGCACAAUAAAGGUGCCGUCAUCAUUGGGUGCGCUGUAGGGGGAGUGGCCCUGUUGGGCGUGGCGGCCAUACUGCUCUUCGUAUUCCUGCGUCGCCGCCAGCGCACCUUCAAGGGGGACUACAGCACCAAGAAACAUGUGUUCGGCAAUGGGUACAGCAAGGCCAGCGGCGUGCCCGCUCACCCGCCCAUGCCCAAGAACCUCCAGUACCCGGACGACUCCGACGACGAGAAGAAGCCCGCCCAGAUCGGCGGCCCCGGUGGGUUGAGCGAGCGCGAAUUUGACGGAGAGCAAGAGGACCUGAAGAGGCCCUAUUUCACCGUGGACGAGGUGGAGAGCCGAGAUUAUGACGAGCGGACUCUGGCUUUCCAGUAUGACCCUGAACCUGAGAUAGCCGAUGAUAUGAUCUCUCAAACCGACGGCUCUGUCAUUUCUAAGAAAGAGUGGUACGUGUAGUGGCAUGCAGCAACCAAACCAAACCCUUUGACCCCGCCCACCCGCAUUCUAUUGCACCCUUCACCUCCAUCACGACCAUCCCCACCCCCUCCAUUUGUCAGAUUGCACCCUUCACAGUCCCGUUCCUCUUUUGGUCCCACCCACCACACACCCCCACACACCACCACCACCACAUCAUUCAACUAAUCUCAAUUAGAAGAAAAAGUGCGAGUGACGUCAACUUCUCAACAUUAGCAUGGGUAUCAGUUCCAUCAGGUGAUGGGGGAAAGAGUACGAACUGAGGUAUGUAAGUGGACUCGUCCUGGCGGACACACGGGUCCAGAGAGGUGACUGAGGUCCAUCAGUACUGGUGUAAUAUUAUUUUGUGUAUUUCCUCAUGUUAUAAAUGUAUUAAAUGUGUAAAAAGAGACUGCAGGUUGAGGUUCUUGCUGAGCACACUUGUGAAAGUCCUACACUGGAUGUGCGAUCUGUUUUUUUUUUAAUGACCAUUGCCGUUUUUGUUAUUUUUAUAAUGUCUUUUUGUAUGUUUUUUAAGUGACCAGAGAAUUGAGAGUUCAAUGUUUGACAUGAUUACAGGUGGAGUUGAAUGUGUUUGUAAUUGUGUGGUCAGAUGUUUAAUCAAGAGAAAGAAAAACAAGGAAGCCACACAGCACCUGUACCCUUUCUCCCGUUUCGCACUGGGGUUAGCGUCCAUGAAAUGACAAUUUUUUGUAUAUUCACAGCAUUGAAAGCAGAUGUGUUAUUGCUGUUUUUCCAAAGACACACUUAGUCCCUCUUGAACCCCCCCAUGACCACCACUACCCCUGUAGGCUUGGUUUGUUUGUUUACAGAGUGCAAAUCAGUCUACAGAGCCAGGCAGAUGAAUAUUGAGCGUUUUCAAUAUUGUCCCUAAAUGUCAGUCACAUCUAAUUAGUUUCUACAUCAGUGAAUCUGAAUAAAUGGGUAUUUGGGGGGGGGGGGGGGACUGCAACUGCAACUUUUUUUUCAGUCGUGCAUCACAGUCGCGUCCAAAAGAGGUUUUGGUGAGUCUCCAUGUCCACAAAAAACUUCAAUAAUGCUCUGAAAUGUCAUGAUUGUCAUUUGACUUGAACAGGUUGGCCUUUGUACACAAGCUCUCCAUCGUACCACUAUAAUGAAAUGUCUUUUUUUGUGCGUGAGUGUGUUGAGUUGUCAUAAUUGUAUGCUUCUGACUCUUUUAUCAAAUGGACAUUGGAGAAAAGUGACAUCAUUGUUACCACAGAUGCUUUUAUUGGUAGCUAUGGGGGGGGGGGGGGGAAUAAGCCUUUUAGCAUGUAAAGGGAAUAAAUAACAUGACGGUGGCCAUGCUGGUGUUAAGAGGUCACCUGCUGCUUUCAUUAGUAUUUCCAUCUGUUAUUCUUUUCCUAAAAAACUAAUUUCAGUUUUCAUCCUAAACCAGGGCUGUCAGGAGGCAGCAAGGUCCAUAACAGAAUAAUUAGCGAAAAAGCAUUUGCUUAAUAAAUAAAAAAAUGGGAAAUGUCCGAAGCAAAAGAGAUAUAAAAGAUAUAAAUACUAUAUCAAGCCUUAUUUUAUGCAGUUCGUGUGUGUUCACUUCACUAUUCUUUCUGUAUUGAUUCUAGUGCAUUUGUACUCAUUUGCAGCUUAAAGAUGACACUUUGCCAGUGUCGUCAGUAUUGACAGAGGUAUGAGUUUAUGUGUACGCAGUACCCAGGAACAAUGUUGCAGAAAAAGCAUAUCAAUAUAUUGUAGGUAUAUAUAAAUAAAAAUGAAAAAAUAACAUCUGAGAGCAGAUCUCUCCAUCGGCGGGAGAGAUCCCUCGCACAAUCUAUGCUUGUCUACUGUAUUAGAUUUUUAUUCUACUUUUAACAAAAAUGGACAUGGCAAAAAUCACAUUCUGAUAAAAGAAAAUUCUGAUUUCAGUUUUGUUUUGUUUUCUACUGCCUUAAUUAUUUUUGGGGGGUUCAGCGUACAUGAGUUUUGCAACAGAAAGUAUCAGAGGGAAAACUCAACCACAGUUAGAAUGCCUUUUACUUUAUUGUUCACCUGAUGGGUGAACUGAAUUGCUGUAACGUUUCGAUUUCUCAGUUCGCUUGGAACAGCAUAACAGAGACGAACGUUUUUUAACUUUUCUUCUUGCAUUCAGUGCCUAUCGAAGUCAGAGCAGUUGCUGCUCCACCGUUUAAGUUAUUCACGCCGUAGAAUGACAUCGAGUAAAAUGAAGAUAUGACACGGACUGCAAAAUGUAGACAAAUGAUGGUUCUUUACUUUUAGUGAGUUGUGGGUAAUAUAGUGGGGCUCCAGCACAAUGCUAACAAAGUGUCUGCACUUGAUCUUUAAAGCAAUUAAUCUCUUAAAGCUGCAUUCAUUACCAUUUUAAAGUUUAAUGAUGGCUUAACCCUUGUGUUGCCUUAGGGUCAUUUUGACCCGAAUCAAUAUUACACCCUCCCCCCGCAUUAAGAUUAAUUUGACCCCAUUCAAUGUUUAAUGUCGGUGUUCUUUCGGUAGUCAACAAACAAACAUAAAGUGCCUCACACUUAAACUUGGAAAACAAUAUUAAUUCUAAUAAUUUUCUGGAGGUUUUAAUUGCUGGCAUCAAAUUGAACCCAAAGGGUAAAAUAUGUUAGUAAAUAUAAAGGUAACAGGAGGGUGAAACAUUGAAUCGGGUCAAAAUGACCCAUAGGCGGGGGGAGGGUGUAAUAUUGAUUCGGGUCAAAAUGACCCUAAGGCAACACAAGGGUUAAUGGUGACACAGCACUUUUUUCUCUCUCCUCCGCCCAGUCAAUACUGGAUAGAUUAAGUCCUAAAGAGAUCAAACUUUCGCCAUUUAUUCGCACAUCGCUCGACUUUCUAAGCACAACAAUUGAAACAUUAAGAGUGAAAAGAGAUUUAAAUAAAAAUUGUAAAUAGUGGCCCAAAGGAACCCCCCUUUUUAAAGCACAAGUUUAAGGUUUCAUCGUAUAUUAUGAAACCGCUGCCACACUGGCUUCUAAGACUUGUUGGAGGAAGAGAAACCUUUCAGAUGGGGGUUGACAUUCUGUAUACUGGUAGAUGUGAACAUUGUCUUCAUGUUGUCGGGGUGUUGUGAGAUCCUAUUUUGUAAUACUGAGUGUAACUCCAUUCCAUCCUAAUCUACUUUUUGUAUUCAGUAUGUUCAACAUUCCACUGUAAAUACUGUACAUACGGUUGAGAUUAUAGUUGGGAUUUAUUUAGGGAAAACUGAGUAGGGACCCUGUUCAUGUAAAACAUACAUAUUUUGACUGCAAACCUAUAGACUCGAUGAUGGCUAGAUGAAGCCGAUAGCUUAUUUCCAAAGCCCCACCAAGAAAUGCUCCUCCGGUACAUUUUUGAUAUGCCACUAGCGGCUUCGCUGUCAUACAAAAGGGCAUACGCACACAGUUUGUCCAUUUAAUGUUAUUGAAAGAAAAUCUAAAAGAAAGAAAUUGUUUGUAUGCAUCCAUGUAAAUGUAUAUUUUUCAGGGUGUGACAAAUCUGAAAGAAAAUGGAAAAAAAACCUGUUCAGUUGUGAUGACCCAGUGAAGUAACUUGUAUUUGUUUUAAGCAUUAAAUAAGUUCAAUGGUCGAUGUUCUGUCCCAGUUCACCGAUUGGAUAGAUGGGUGUUAUCUGGUUGAAUAUUGGGUUCACGUCUGCUACACAUUUCUUGUCACUGUGUAUUGGUCUUGUUAGUUGCAGCUCUUUCCCAAAAGCUUUGCUUGCCUCAUGCAGUUGCUUACUUGAUUUUAAUUCUGCAGCCUCAUCACUUCCUGUGACAACAUGUUCUCGCACCCCACUCGUCAGAUACCGAAGCUUGAUUAGAGGCUCCAAGCAUCAAACUGUGAUGCUCUCGGUACCCCUCUAGAGUCCGUUUUGGAUGUUUCAGGGACAGGCAUUUUGUUAACCACUCGAGUUGAUUGGUGUCUUUUCAAAAUAUACCUCCGUCUUCAAGAGGUCAAGGCAUCAAAACCACUAGGUUAGGGGGAAAAAACCGCGGUUGAUGUUAACUUGACUGACUCACUAACAUUUAGUGUGAUUAGCAAAUUAGUUCAGUCAUGUGGCAACGACAAUAGCCACUCAUGUGAUUAGCGGUUGCCAAACGUUCAUGACUCCAUUGCGCCUCCCCACCCCCCAUCCUUCUCCAGGCCAAGCGUUGGUAUUUGGUGAGUUGGAAGUUAGGCCGAUGAUGUUUAAAUCCAAAUGUUGCUCUUCUCCUAUCCAGCCAUUAGACACCCAACAUUUUAGACAGAGCCACGUUGCACCAUCCAGCAAUCAGCUCUCCAUUGCCAUUCCAAUGUCAACAAUUGGAAGUCUACACAAGCGCAGGAUGAAUAUCUCUUACGCUCCCAUCCAUGGUGAAAAUGAAAGCAACACAUGGUGAAGAAAUGUAUUGUAAUGUAAACACCUUCGGUCCGACUGUUGUGUAACCUUAUCAUUUCACGUGGGGCCAAGAUGGACAAAGGGACGCACACGGUAUAUAACACAGUCUGCAGUGGCUAUUAUUGUACCUUUUUAAAUUGGAGAGCAAAAAUUGUCAGGCAGAUGUUGGUAUUAAGUUCAGUGCUUAAUGAAGCUACAGUGAUAUGAUGAGAGCGGCCCUUUGUAGAGUCAGACAGAUCUGCCUCAGACUGUGACUUGAGUGCAGACAUCUGCACCAUGCACAUAAAGAACUGCCCAGAGUUUGCAGCUGUUGCCAUCCAUUUGCUAAUAUAACUCUUUGUAGCCCUUGGGGCUUUGAUGGCACAAAGUCUUUUAACAUGCAUGGCCAUCCGUUUUUUUUCUUUUCUUCUCCAUCCUAACAGAGGAUGACAGCGAGUCUCUAUCAAAGUACUCUUAGGAAGAAAUAUUGCUAUAUUUUUUCUUAUUUUUCUUCUUAAUAUGUUCCUUAUGGGCCUUAAAUUAAAAAGUGGGGUUGUCUACGCGACCUACAAUCAGAGAAUACCCAUUAAAGCUACGCAGCAUUCAAGACAAAAAUCUCUGUGAAGAAUAAUGAAAAAAAUUAUCUGACUGGAUUUUGUGUUUUCUUACUUAUGUGUCUUAUCAUUGUAUUUGUCUCCAAUAGUUACAAUGCAGCUACAUGAGUUGAUGAGCUUCACAGAAUCACAUUGCUAUUCAAAUACCACUUUCUUUUGGACAUCAGUUUGAUUUGAUAGGCUCACUUGAAGAAAGACAACAUUAGCUUGAGUCUUUGCUGCCCUGAAUUGUGUAGCUGUCGAUGGGUCGAUGGGCUAAGAAUUAGAAUAAUGUGUCAAUAUGAAAUGGUUCCAGGAAAGCACACAGAUGGCCAAUUCUACGAGACGUUAAAUGAUAGUGAUCUAUUGGUGAAUGACCGCACUGCAUGAGCAACUCAUUGGGCUGGAUAGAGGUGAAGAGUCUUACUCGUUGAUGGGUGAGGUGGCUUUUAGCUGCUUGUAGCUGUGUAUACGGAUCCUUGUACUGCUAUUAAAGAGGCUAAAUAUCUGUAAUUUCUUCAAGUGUUUCAUUUUAAGAUAUAUAUUUGUUGGACUCUGCUGUCUGAGUUAUGAAAUGUUUUUCUCAGUACGUAUUGUUGCUGUUGUGCAACCUAACAUGUGUCAUGACCUGCAGAAAAAUAAAAAGUGCUUACGGUA